AUGGAUUCAACCAAUCCUCGAGCACAAGACACGUCCGCUACUAGCGAGACUCCGAGCACGAGCGAGUCUAGUCCUGCACUCGACGGACGCUACAAGAACCUAGUGGCCCUAUCACUAUUCGGCACCCUCAUUUUCUUCGCUAUUGGGGUCGCUGCGCUUCAGAACGCCUUCCUCGCGCUCAUCGCCCACCUCAUCCUCGCCCACUGCGCCGUCCCGCCGAUCAAUGGCCCGUUCGCUGCAGCCAGCCUCAAGGCGACGUUCGUGCUAUCGCUGAUCAACACACCCUUCGUCCUCCUCCCCGAGUUCCUCCACACGGCGUACGCCUUGUUGCAAACUGGCUUCAAUCUAGAGUCGUUCCGUACCCGCAGAGCCGCCUGCGGUAACAGACGCCCCUCUACAGGCCGGCUCAAUGCGCAGCGAGCCAUGCGCCACGUCCUGAUGGCAUCCUCCGGCCCUGUAGGCUCCCUCGUCUACCGUGCGCUGUGGUGCUCGCCGGAGGGAUGCGCGGCUUUGGACCCGCUGCACGCCGCCGUCGCCGCCAUCGCGGGAAGGGUGCUGCUUUGGGGCUACCUAUUCGUCCGCAAAUGCUUCGCCGAAGACGUGUCGGAGGAGCUGGAGAGCCUGCGCCAGGAGCAGCUCAACGUGGAGCGUGACGGGCUAGACAAGCAGUCGGCUAGAGCGAAGGAUGUGAUGCUCGCGUGCCGCAUCAAGGAAGACGACCUCACCAAUCCCAAUACUAUGCAGCUGGAGCCCACAUCAUCUACUGCGUGUCUACUUGGCGCCGUUCAAAGGCUGCGUGGUGAUUACACAGACCCGCCUGGCAGCCAUGAACUGGACCUAGAGUAG